UGCUGCUGCGGCUGCUGCUCCAGCCUCGGGCGCUGAGCGCCGCGGCCCGGGUGCAGGAUGGAGGCCAAGGCGGCCUCCCCGUCGGCUGCUGGCGGCGGCGGGGGCUCGGUGACCGCGGAGGAGACCGAAAAGUGGAUGGAGGAAGCGAUGCAAAUGGCCAAAGAAGCCCUAGAAAACAAUGAAGUUCCCGUUGGCUGUCUCAUGGUCUACAACAAUGAAGUUGUUGGGAAGGGACGAAAUGAAGUUAAUCAAACCAAAAAUGCGACUCGACAUGCAGAAAUGGUGGCCAUCGAUCAAGCCCUAGACUGGUGCCGCCAUCGUGGCAAGAGUUCUUCUCAAGUAUUUGAACACACCGUGCUGUAUGUCACUGUGGAGCCAUGUAUUAUGUGUGCGGCUGCUCUCCGCCUGAUGAAAAUUCCGCUGGUGGUAUAUGGCUGUCAGAACGAACGAUUUGGUGGUUGUGGCUCCGUUCUAAAUAUUGCCUCUGCUGAUUUGCCAAAUACUGGGAGACCAUUUCAGUGCAUUCCCGGAUAUCGGGCCGAGGAAGCAGUGGAAAUGUUGAAGACCUUCUACAAACAGGAAAAUCCAAACGCACCAAAAUCAAAAGUUCGGAAAAAGGAAUGUCAGAAACCUUGAACUUGUUCUGAGGGAAGGCUGAUGCCCCUCAACGAAAUUCUUGGACUGAAAGUUGUUGACAUCAUUGAAUCGUAUGUUCCUAUAUGUCCUUAUCCCCUGGGAAAAUCAUCUCCCACUAUUUGCUGUGUUAAGGGAACAAAUGAGCACUUUUUAAAAGUCUGACAGUUGUAAACAAUGGUUAGCUUUUCCAUAAGCAUAAAGAACAUUUUAAGAAGGGGAGAAAAAAUAAAGUUGGAAGUUUUAGAAAUUAGUAAGCAGUACAUGCUCUUCCUGCCAAAAUCAUUGUGCCCCGGGCCAGGAGAAUGCUGAGCUUCAGCAAAUGUGUAUCCAGACCCAGUUACCUGGUGUGUGUGGACUGGAGCGUGCCACACUGACACCUGCUCUAGGCCUGGCUUUUCAGAAUCGGGCCCUGCAUUCUUUGCAGCCACUGUGUCCUCCUUGGGUGUUGAGGGCCUGUGACUUUCUUGGAAUUUGUAUAUGAAUUAUAUACAUAUAGAUUAUGAUUGUGUGUGCCUCAGAACAGAUAUCUUUUUGCUUUUAUAAAGCAGGUCAAGAAAAUGCAUACUUCUAAAGCAAUUACUUAAGUGUCAUUUUUAAAUUAUAGCAUAUUGCUAUAAUAAAACCUUACGUAUGCCUUCUUUGAAGAUGAAGAUGAAUAUUUUCUUCAAACAUAAAGGCAGAAAUGAGACAAUUCCUUUAUUACCGAGCAGCUAUACUCUGCCAGGCUCCAUUCGCUCAUUGAAUCAGUGAACAAAACAAUGAAUCCUGCCGUCCCGGAGCUGAUAUUCUAGCAGGGGAGACAGACACUACGCCUGAUAGAUUAUGCAGUAUGUUAGAUGGUCUUAAGGAUCAUGGCGACAAGAAAGGGAGAAGGGAGUGGAGGGGGUGGGCGUGCCAUUUGGUGACGGGUCUGCCGGUUGCACAAGUAAAUAGAAUGGCUUCAUCUACUCUGAAAUCAAAUUGCUAUUUCUUUUUAUAAAAGUCCAAAUUUAGAAUUUAAAAUCUAAAAUUGAAAAAAUGGGCACACAGCCCCGGGAAGGGUCUCUGCAGCCGGAAGUCCCGGAUACUCACGCUUUCUGACUGCACUGAGGGUUGGUGCCCAUGGAAGAAGAGCUCGGUAGAACCUCACUGGGGUGCGCUGCGUCUGCCCAGAAGGGGGCCUCGCGGUUCCACCAGAAGCCCAGCUCCAGGCCCCUGUUGCAUUUCUUCGGUGGAUUCAUUUCCUUGAUGCAAAGCAUCUGUAUUUGUUGGUUCUGCCAUUUGAACGAUGUCUGACUUGUUUGUUUUGAAUUACAUUACAGCCUGGAAUGUAAUUGUGGUGAAAGUAUUUUUAUAUUGCUGAGAGUAGCAGCUAAUCACAGUUACAUGCUUCAGAAGAUUUAUAAUUGCUUGGUUUUGUACGUGUGUGUUUUUAACUGCAUUUGAGAAAUUUGAUGGAGAAGAAUAUGCAUGAUUUUUAAAUUUACAAUAAUGUUACAUGUAACGUUUCUUCAA